AUUUUUGAGAUGCUGGAGCGCAGAUAGCGUUGAAGUAAAAACAAAUAAUAAAAUCAAAAAUACCAUAUUUUUACAUGAAUAUGCAAGUAUACAAGCAAUAAUACAAAAAAUAUGCAUAUACUUUUUUAAGAGAACACCAGGAGCGAAAUUCAAGAUUUAUAUAUCAAACGGUAAAAGGAAGUGACUUCUGUGAGUGUGUGUAGCUCUGUGAAGGAAUGUCGGGGAAAGUAUCUGCUGCUGCAGCAGCUGAGCUGGAGUCGGUUGAGUGCGGUCGAUUGUGUGAAUUUAAAGGCUUCUUGAGUGACUUAGUGCGGGACUCGGUGAGUAAUGCCGCAAACGUUGGCGAUUCUGCACGUAUCAGCAUAUCGCGCACUAGCAACGAAACAUACCCUGUGUGUUCACAGGAGGUGCCUGCUGAAAUAAUUAUGACCGUAUGGAAUCAUCUUCAAUUGAAGCGUUGCCCCCGAUUUUUCCAGCUUCCCAUAUUGCGUGCUGUUGCUGCAGAAGUUGAAGAGGGUUGUCGCAAUGCUAAGGACUGCGAGUGUAGCGCCAGUGCAAAACAAGAUCAAGGCGAAAAGAAUCCGUCAACUGAACCGGGCAUAGUUUAUGAUUUGCUAAAAUUACAAAAAUAUGUUGUAAAUAACUUGGAAAAGAUGCUAACACGUCUAACUGAUAAUACUGAGGCAGCUAACUUGCAAAAUUACGCAGAAAAAGGUGCACUAUGCGCUAAUGGAGCAAAUUGCACAUGCAAAGCAGAGGAAGCCCCUUCCCUACCUGUUUACACUGUUGGCCACGUCAAGAAUAAACCACGCAAAAUGGAGGACCGCCAUGUGUGCCUUGAGCGCUACAGUGAUCUGUACCAAUUGAAACAACCCUACAGUUUUUAUGGAGUAUUUGAUGGACACUCGGGUCCGUUGGCAGCUAGUUACGUAACAAGCCAACUGCCAUACAUAUUAGCCCAAAGUCUGAAAGGCACCGCCUAUGAUCUGAAUGAUAUAAAAUCUUAUCGAGAAGCUUUUGAGCAUUCAUUUUUACAGGCAGAUAAGAUGUUCUCAAAAAAAGUAAUUUCCAGUGGUACAACUGCCGUUUGUGUACUAUUGGCGCAUCGUGUGGCACCAUUGUAUGGUCAUUUAUACGUCGCAUGGGUAGGUGAUUCCAAAGCGCUACUUGUAAGUCCAACGGUUAGCUUGCAAUUAGUGAAACCACAUAAACCAGACGCGCCGGAUGAGCGGAAACGUAUUGAAAUGGCAGAGGGUGGCGGCACUGUAAUGUAUGUGCAAGGACAAUGGCGUGUCAACGGCAUUUUGAAUGUGUCGCGCUCCAUUGGCGAUUACUCAGUGGCGCCAGCCAUUGCAGAGCCAGAUUUUGUAGAUGUUUCGCUGACAGCGGCGCACGAUUUCAUUGUUUUGGGUACAGAUGGAUUAUUCGAUCACGUAUCCGAAGCUGUGAUAGUGGAAACGAUUUAUAAGGCCUUAACGGAUAAAGAGCAAAAAAUCGAAAACAUUCCAAAACUUCUUAUAGAAUUAGCAAAAGAGGGUGACUCCCAAGACAAUAUUACAGUAGUUAUUAUAUUUUUGAAAAAUCGACCCGAUAUUGUCGAAAACUUUACAAGAAUAUAGUUUAAAUUUUUGCAGUCAAGUGGAAAAAUAGACGCUAACAAAGUUUUAGGGAUAUCAGCAACAGCGAAUAUUUAAUGCUAAACAUAGCAUAUACAUACAUAUAUAUAAUAGUACACCAUAUUUAGCAGAUUUUAUUCCUACACCACCAAAACCUUUUAUUGCAAACAAAAAUGCUUAACGAGUUCAAUUUCGUUUUAAUUUUUGUAAAUAAAUAGGCUUCUUUAAACGCUUUCAAGUGCUAUUGUUGUCGCAUCCUUAAAUAUUUGUGCCUGCAGCAAAUUGGUAUAAAUUUGCAAAUUUUUUCAAAGCGCAACAGACGAUCAACUGUGCGCAACGCUCGAGAAAAGUUCAAAUUUUUAAACACAGGUUUAUAUUUACAAAAAUAAAAGUACUAAAAUAUUACAAUGUAAUUUUAACGCUAGCGCAAGUUUACAUAAAAUAGCGAAACACUUUUAAAUUAAUGCGGAUGUGUAUAUUUUUUUUUUGUAGCUCAUUAACUGUAUGCGAGUAUACAUUUUUAAAGAAUUACAAAUCCUAAUCAAUGUUAUCGAUAACUGUUUAAAAUGCAUGCACGUAUGCAUACAUGUCUGCUGUACGAAAAAUUUGUAGAACACUUACAAUAUAACGGCUAAUUGUUAUUCAAUGCAGAUUUGUGUUUGUUAAAUCAAUCUUUAUAUUUUACAUAUUAUCCUAGAAAAAUCUUUGUAUGUUGAAUGAAAGUAAAUACACCUAAUACCACAAAAGUAUCCAGUUUUCGCCCACUUCAAUUAUGUACCUACACGAAAGUAUAUUAAAUUAAGAAAAUUUUAAUAUUUUUACCACGCAGAUGUACGUGUAUAAGAUAACAAUUAAAAUAAAACACUAUACUGGAAAAAAACAUUGUUUUUAAAUAAAUUUAAAUUACAGAAAUU